UGAUCGAACCUUAAACCCUAAUUCAUCAUUUUGAUUCUUUUUCCAUUUGGUUCAUUCUUCGAAUUCCAGAUUCGUCUCUAACCAUGAGCGCAAUCUAUCUCCUCCGCAAAAUCUCCACGAAAACUCCUUCACGAUUUCACAGAAGCCUCUUCUUCUCAACUUUCUCCAAAGAAUCAAAACCAGAUUCAUCACGAACAAACUCAAUUCGCCAUUUAUCAAUCCAGAGAUUCUUCCCUUCGUCCAUUUACCGUUUUCCCCAAUCAAAAAUUUUACCAAAUCGAAAAUUCUCCACAUCCGUUGAAACCAAUUCCAGUGACAAGAGAAUUCAUGUUCAGAGUGGUGUAAUUUUAGAAAGGAUACACAAAAACGAAGAAGAAGAAACUGUUUCUAAAGUAAAUGUAGAAACUGAGAGAGUUGUGAGAGAAGAGAGUGAAGCUGAGAAAGAAGCGUGGAGGAUUUUGGAAAACGCUGUUGUUAGGUAUUGUGGUUCGCCGGUUGGGACUGUGGCGGCGAAUGAUCCUGGAGAUAAGAUGCCUUUGAAUUAUGAUCAAGUGUUUAUUAGAGAUUUUGUGCCUUCUGCUUUAGCGUUUUUGCUUAAAGGUGAAGGUGAUAUUGUUAGGAACUUUCUUCUUCAUACAUUGCAGCUUCAGAGUUGGGAGAAAACUGUAGAUUGUUACAGUCCUGGACAGGGUUUGAUGCCUGCGAGUUUUAAAGUUAGAACCGUGGCGCUUGAUGAAAAUACUACGGAAGAGGUUUUGGAUCCGGAUUUUGGUGAAUCGGCUAUUGGUCGUGUUGCUCCUGUCGAUUCUGGUUUGUGGUGGAUUAUUCUCUUGAGGGCAUAUGGAAAGAUAACUGGAGAUUUCUCAUUACAAGAGAGGAUAGAUGUUCAGACAGGGAUAAAGCUUAUCAUGAACUUGUGUUUAGCAGAUGGAUUUGAUAUGUUUCCUACGCUUUUGGUCACUGAUGGUUCUUGUAUGAUUGAUCGUCGUAUGGGUAUCCAUGGCCAUCCCCUUGAAAUCCAAUCGUUAUUCUACUCAGCACUCAGAUGUUCCCGUGAGAUGCUUUCUGUUAAUGAUAGCUCCAAGAAUCUUGUAAGAGCCAUUAACAAUAGGUUAAGUGCUCUGUCCUUUCAUAUCAGAGAGUAUUACUGGGUGGACAUAAAAAAGAUCAAUGAGAUAUACCGUUACAAGACAGAAGAGUAUUCCACGGAUGCUACUAACAAGUUCAACAUCUAUCCUGAGCAAAUUCCUCCAUGGCUCAUGGACUGGAUUCCCGAGCAAGGUGGAUAUCUCCUCGGGAACCUACAACCUGCACACAUGGAUUUCAGAUUCUUCACGCUUGGGAACUUUUGGUCUAUUGUUUCCUCAUUGGCUACACCAAAGCAGAAUGAAGCUAUAUUAAACUUAAUUGAAGCUAAAUGGGAUGAUAUUAUUGGGAAUAUGCCUCUUAAGAUUUGUUACCCUGCAUUAGAGUACGAUGAUUGGCGUAUAAUAACUGGAAGCGACCCAAAGAACACGCCUUGGUCGUAUCACAACAGUGGAUCCUGGCCCACACUUCUUUGGCAGUUCACAUUAGCAUGUAUGAAGAUGGGCAGACCAGAGCUAGCUGAAAAGGCUCUUGCAGUGGCUGAGAAGAGACUGUUGGCUGAUCGUUGGCCAGAGUAUUACGACACCCGAUCUGGCAAAUUCAUUGGAAAGCAAUCCCGGCUCUACCAGACAUGGACAGUCGCCGGAUUCUUGACUUCUAAACUCCUCCUAGCAAAUCCAGAGAUGGCGUCGCUGUUAUUCUGGGAAGAAGAUUACGAACUUCUGGAUAUCUGUGCCUGUGGUCUCCGAAAAUCUGACCGGAAGAAAUGCUCCCGAGUUGCUGCCAAGACUCAGAUUCUCGUUCGAUGAGUGCAAAACACAGUCUCUUUUGCUUCUCUAAACAUCGAACGCAAUAAGCUUUUUUAGGCUAU